AGCCCCGCGAGCGCUCCUGCUUCUACCACAGACCCUACGACUCCUACCACCAAAACGAGUACACCUACUCCCUCCACAAAUACCCCAGGUUCCAGAAGCCCUUGCCAAGAGAAUCCCUGUAAGGGUGAUUCUUCAUGUGUUAAUCUGCAUGAUAGACGGUUUUGCCUGUGUUCAGAAGGGUAUUACUAUAACUCUAGUACAUGCGAGAAAGUUUGAAAAGGCAUUUGACAGUUUUGAUUACGGGCAGACUGUAAUUGGUAAAUUAAGCACAUCUCCUUCAGCAAGAUCUGCAAUGCAUACUGUUGCCAUAGCAGUAGUAAACAUUUUUAUGGAAACUACAAAACAAACUGAAGAAACCGUAUCACAUGCCAUUGAAAGAGCAGUUAAACAGCAUGGAACUGAGUUUACACGAUACAUCAAGCAAGAGCGGUGUGAUUAUUAUGGUUGUGAGAAAGAGAAUGGGCAAGAUGACUGCACCAGUGGUUUACUAUGUCAGUGCAAACCGGGGCUGCUGAGACCGAACCCACAGAUCCCCCUGUGUGUUGCUUUGUGUCCUGAUGACUGCAACACACAGAAGAAGAAGCAAUGCCUAGUGGAGGACAGCAGGAACGCUACCUGCGUGUGCCUGCCAGACUACAAGGAAGAUGAUCAUGGGACCUGUCAACCGUGUGCGUUUGGCUACAGCGGAGUUGAUUGUGAAGACCCAUUUCAGCUGAUCCUCACGAUCGUGGGCACCAUUGCUGGCAUCCUCAUUCUCGGCUUGGUGAUCGCAUUCAUCUUCUCAGCGAGAUCAAAGAACCAAAGGAGGAAUGUGGAAGAACAGAACUUGAUUGAGGACAAUUUUCAAAAUCUGAGCCUGCGGAGUACCGGCUUUAGCAAUCUAGGAGCAGACGGGAGGAUCUUCCCUAAGAUCAACACGAACCUGCCCAGAGAGAGUGAGCCACAGAAUCCCUACGGAGUCCGGGGCGGUAUACCCCGCACACACUAUUAGAACGGUAAAAAUUUGGAACCAUCCAUGGCCCCUCAACCCAACGUAUGAGCUUUUAUUUUGAGUGUUUCAAAGACUGAUGGAGAAGGGAGCAGCCAUGAAGGUCUGGCCUUUGGUAUUUCUCUUCCAUCCAGCCUCUCUGAAUGGAAGUUGUGACUGUUUGCAAUGAAUACAGCUUGUUUGCUAACUAAGUACCUAUGAAAUUAAAUGCACAUAGAUGCUAUUAGUAAGCAUCUAUACUUAAGAUAGUUGAUUUGCUCCAAUCAGUACAAUAGUUAGGUUUUUUUUUCCUGGCUGUGCAACAGUAAUCAUUCUAUCUAUCUAGAGGGAAGCUCCCCAGGAUUUUUCACUCCUGAAAGAGUCUAGAAGAGUGUUGCUUUGAGUUGAUACCCUGUAGAUAAGUGACGUAUUCUGGGAGACUCUUACACAUCAGCUGUGGAGGUCCCAGGAGAUGGGAGGACAUACCAUCCUUGAAGAUGCUGAGGUUCAUUCUCUGGCAAGUUAAAACAGGGAAGCUCCUUCUUUUCCUCAAAUGUAGGGAUUUCAUUACCCUUGAACUGCCAGGAGCUUGUGACCUAUGUUCAAAUCAAGAGGACAGAUAAAAAGAGACAGGUCUCUUAGCUUUUUGGGAGCAGUUACUGGCAAUCCAAGGCCUUCUUAAUGUCAACUAGAAGGCCUGAACUAGAAAUGUCCUCUGCAGGGGUACGUUCUAGAGGGUUUGAAAUGCCGGUGGGUAGGGGAGUCAGUGGGGAAAAAUGUGACCAGGAGAAGGAGGAACAGAGGUAGAAGGAAGCUGGGCUGGAGGCUGAGUAAGGGAGAAGGUACCCAGGGCCCACCUUCAUCCUCAGAUUCCCCUCCUCAAUGAGCAAAUGGGCAUUUCCUCUAAUUCGUGCCCUACCCAAGAUUUAGAACCUAGGAGAGGAUGUGAAGACAGAGCCCCCAGAGCAAGAGCUUGAAGUCACUUUGAAAUUGUAGACAUUCUGACUGGCUCAUGGUGAGAGAGGGAGCUUGGGCUCUGGAUCCAAACGUUCAGCCUCGUGAUACAGACUCCAGAGGUAUUCCACCAAAGCCUCAGCCUUCCCUGGGGACAGAGCCUUAGCCGUGGUCACGAACACACACACACAGUUAAGAAUGGGGACAGCCACCUCCAGCACAGGCUUUCUUUCAUGUUAGUAGUAUCCUUGUUUAUGUCUAAUGUGUGGUCUCUUUGCAAGUUAUUUUUAUUUGUUGUUAUUAUUUGUUCUUGACUGUUAAUUAUAAGCAGUAACAAAUAAAGUGUCUUUAAUAAAUGGUC